UCUCCGUGGCGUGUCCAGACCCCCCGGCCCCAAGAGGACUCAGCCACACGUGAACCGGGCCGCGUCCCCUCGAGCCCGGGGCUCGGCGGUGAGCUGAGCACCAUGGAGAAAGUCGGCUCCUUCUUCAGUGACAUCUGGGACACCAUCCUGACCAAACACCAAGAGGGGCUCUUCAACACCGUCUGCCUGGGCGUCAUCCUGGCACUGCCGCUGCUGCUGGUCAUCGCGCUGCUCUUCGUCUGCUGCUAUUCCUGCUGGAGCCGGCCGGGCGACGGUGGCCAGCGGCCAGGGCGCAACAAGGGGAAGAAGAAGAGGAAGAGGAAGGGGGAGGACGACCUCUGGAUCUCCGCUCAGCCCAAGCUCCUGCCGAUGGAGAAGCGGCUGUCGCUGCCUGUCUAGUGGGCAGGAAGCAGGGGGCCGCCUCCGGGGGCCGCACGGCCUUCCAAGGACACAGGUGGGGAGCAGCGAUCCCUGAAGUGUCGCACUCAUGUCCACAGAGGAAUUCUCCAGCGAGGAACCAGCCUCAGACCGAGCGUCCCCGUGGAGGCCGCUGCCGGGGAGCACGUGGACAGUGCUUGGGCACCAUCUGGGCAGCUGUGUGCCCGAUAGCCUCGCUCUUUACUGCAGAUCCCAGCAUGCCUUUCACCUACUUCCGCACAGUCC